GAGAGGUCCGGGGUAACACUGACACAUGUGUUCAUUCAGUUGGCGAUUGUCAAAGGGAGAGACUAGACGUACGGCUCUCGGAAAUAUUCAAAGUUGAAUCGACACGUAUUAUAUAUUGGCGCUUUAACUGCCUGGAAGCAACAGCGCCCCGAGUUUCUAGAACCGGAAGUGGGCGAUGGAACAAUAGCAUUUGCCAAGAAGCAGGAGAUAAAAGAAACAGCGCAAGGAAAAGCCAUAUAAUGUGAACAGCAGUGAUCUUGUCCUUUUUAGUGUAUAAGAGUGAGCACCCCCUCCCCCCUCCUCCCUGCCAAUGAACCUGCAGUAGCAGCUUCCACUCCCCUCCCCCCGCCCUCCCUUCCCUCGCCUCGAGAGGAGGAUGAACAGCCUGCUGAACACGCUGGCGGGGCUGUCCCUGCGGGAGCCCCCGCCGGGCAAGAUCGAGAUCCUGCAGGACCUGGACCUGUACUACAUCAAGCAGCUCGCGCACAACUUCAAGGAGUAUGACCUGGAGCAGCGCAUCGCCCUGGAGAUCAAGAUGCGCGAGGGCACGACCAAGCUGCUGGCGGCGUGCGGCGGCGCGCAGGGCCCGCGCUCCAACCUGCCGCACACCCUGGAGGCGGCCAAGAACCUCCUGACGUCCAACGAGCGCAUGACAGCCUACAUGGCCGAGCUGCAACGCCGCCGCGGGGCCGCCCUCUGCGCCGACGGGUCGCAGCCCUCUCUGGCGCGGGUGUGCCUCUCCGACCUGCGCAUGCCGCUCAUCUGGAAGGACAGCGACCACUUCAAGAACAAGGGCGACUAUCGAAGGUUUGCCGUGUUUGUCCUCCUGAAGAUCGGUACCGAGAUCUACGACACGGUCAUGGUGAACCCCGUUGACCGCUCCAUGACCGACAUCUGCUUCGAUGACAUCAUUGUCUUCAACGGCAUCCCGUCGGGCUUCGAGUGCAGCCUGGAGGUGUACAGCCACGUCCUGCAGAACGACCUCACGAUGGCCAGCACGCCCAGGAAGCUGAAGCGGACGCUGCACUCGUCCAUCUCGCGCACGGUGGGCCGCAAGCUGGCCGCCUCGCUCAGGGACGAGCUUUCCCACGGCGAGCUAGGACCCAAGUUCGAACUGGUUGCCACAGCAAAGUUGAUGCUCGACAACGUUUCAAACAACACUGCAACAUUUGACCUGAACAUGGAGAACGUAGAAAACCGAGCAAACCAGUUGCCUCUGUUUGGCCACUUCUGCUGUCGUCUCGCCGCUCAGCCUGACUGUGCCACACAGGAAAGAAUUGCAGGAUAUGCACAUGUCACGGAAAGUGAACAGCAGAACUCGUGGUGCAGAUUGUUUGGAUGGCAGCUAGAGGUGUGGAAUUCGAAAGAGGAUGUGCACCUUUCACCUCAUCAUCCCCUCUCCCUCUCUGUGGACAGGCAUACGGAGGUCACCCUGAAUGGCUCCCAGGUGGUGGUGUCCAACAGUACAGGCUUUGACCGUGGCUCCUUGACGCUAGGCCUUGACUCCCCAAGUGAGGCGUCGUCCUGGUACAGGUGUCUCCAGCAGCACAUCUCAGAUCACAGACUAUGGGGAGCAGCAGCCGAGGAGGAGAUGGAAAUCCUCACACCACAGCCCACGCGACACAACUUCAUCCUGCCCAGACGGGGGCGUUUUACCUCCCUGUACGAGGAGACUCCUCUUAGAGAUGGAUCACCAAGCUCUGAGAAGUCCUCUUUGGAUGACAUCUAUGGUUCAUCUGCGUUUGUCAACAACUACUGCACUCCAGCCCAAGUUACAAGGCCGAGAGCAAUGACUCUGGCCUCAAGGUCCUCUUUCAGGCGAUGGGGCUCAGUCAAGUGUAAUAUGCCCUUCUUCAAGAGCAAGAGUUAGAGACAAGAAAACAGACAAAUAGCUGUUUGGAAAAUGUUUUGGCAGCCUUUCCUGUAUAUAUUUAUAUAUAUAUUUGAUUUUUUUUUUUUUUUUACUUUUGCCUUUUUUUCUCUUGCCACUUUAUCUCAUUUAUUCUUGUUUUCACUUUAUAUGAAUGAAAUCUAUUUCAUAAUGAGCUCUAUUUUGUAUUGUGACUGAAUCACCAUUGUCAGCUAUGCAGUGACAAGGAUUUUUUUUUUUCUUUUGGAUAUUUCAUCAUAAUUGAACUGUGAACUGUUUAUGUCAGUAUCUGAUGUUUGCCCAGUAUUACCCUUCUCUUAUCUGAAAGCAUUGUAAAAGAAUGUGUAAGGUUCAUCUCAUAAAUCAGUGAUAUAUCGGAAAAAGUGUCCUCAUAUAGAAGACAAGUGCUGGACAUGAAAGACAUCUGGUAAAACAGUGUUGAGUGAAAGAGCUUGCCAUUUUAAGUUGCAUUUAUUAGGUAUUUUCAUUCACUCAUUCUCAGACACUGAUUUUAAAAGCUUAUGCUGAAAAAUGUAGGUUUUUAUCACUUAACAUUCAUCUUAAGACAGAAGCUUUUGCAGGAAUGCAAAACCCAGUAAAACUUAAGCUGAAAACAUCAAAUUUAAAGAUUUGUUAUUGAUUUCCUUUCCAGUGAUUGUUAAGCAUGAGCUUAUAGACAAGUAUGUAAAACCUGAGAAAUGCUUCUAUGGAAUUUAUUUUUAGCAAGCUUAAAAUGCUGCUUUUUAAUGUUAUGUGAAAAGCAGUCUUUUCAGAGAAUGUGGGCAUGUUCUGUUUUGGGCAUGGUAUAAUGUCAUGUCAAAGAAAUAUAUUCCUGAAUAUUGAAUUAUGACAGGCACUGCAGUAGACUUUUCCCAAGUUGAAGAUUACUCAUUCUUCCCAGCUUACAACUUUUUGGACAGUCUUUUUUUCAUGGUUUAUGCAGUUAAAAAAUAUCCACGUAAUGAACCAGUCAUAUUCUUCACCUUUAUUGCUUGACAGACAUAGGUAGCUACAUAAAGACACCAGAGCAUAUACUUUUUUACGUCUUUUUUAAUCUUGUUGAAAAUGUACGAGUUAUUUCAGUGAUAGGAAGAAGCCUGUGCUACUGAUUAACCUGGCUCAAAUGUAUUGUAUUAGCAUAAAUAUUUAUGUAUUUUUAUAUAUGUAUGUAUAUGUAUACACAUUCUGUGAUGCCUUUGUUGCCAUGUGUAUUAGAUAAUGUUUAUUUUGUAGUACUUGCAGCUCAUUAUGCAUAGAGGUUGUAAUACCUGUGCAAUUGAUUGUUUUGUUGAAUGUAAUGUCUACCUAGAGAAGUACAGAGCAUCUACUUACAAUUUAUCGUUAUUUGAACUUCACUUUCUUCUAAAUUUCAUUUCAAGAAAUUUUGCAUGUAGGGAGAAAUUAUACAAAGAAAAAUGCCAUUUUCUUUUGAGGGAUCUUCAAGGUGUUCAUCCCCAUAAGACUUUUAUAACAUUGCCCAACAAAAAAAUCUUGUGCUUUAGAAUGCAUACGGAUUAAAGAACUGAAUGAUUUAUACUUUUACUGUUUGAUACUGACUGGCAUUCAAAGCAAGUUUUUCAUGACAAUGCUUGUUGUGUGGAGUGUAAAGAGCAUAUAUUUAUUCUGUUUUAUUUUAUUAUGGAUAUGACAGAUUUUUAAAAAGUAUAUGGCUAAUACUUAAGAAUAUUGAGAAUUUGAUAUUUCACAUUUCUUGUUUUGUCUAUUUUUUCUCACUGGCUUUAUGCACAGAUUAGUUCCUUUUUUCUAUCUUGUUACUCCUUUAUGUACAUAUGGCAGACAGCAUUUUGCAUGUGAACGUAAUGUAAGAAAGUACGGAACUCAUGGAAGAAGAAAAGAAAAAAAAACUUUACAUUAUUUAUUUUAGACAUUUGCAGAGCUCAUAUAAACUAUCAAUAAGAUAUUCAUAUUAUGAGGUACUAUAUGAGAAAAAACAAUAGACAUGCAUUUAGUGACAUCAGUAAAGUGGUGACCAGCAAUAUCUUUAUUCUGCAUGUUUAAUGCUCUGCCUUUGCUUUGAUCAUGCCCAGGUUUCUCCAAUUGUAGAAAUACAAUGCCCUUGUACACUGACUUGGAUGAAAGAGCAGUAACAUUGUUUUGAUAGACAUGUGUAUAUAUAUAAGAAUAAACUCAAGAAGUACAGUCCUUGUCUUGUAGAAUAUUAUACCAGCCAUAACUUAUUGACUUUAUAACUUGCCUUUCUUGUGUAAGUGCUUUGUAUGGGAUAUGCAAGGUAGAGAAUAAAAUACAAUCUUGCUGUUAA